AUGGGAUUCUUUGGUGAUCAUGAUCCAUCACUGUCUCCAUCGACCUCCAUGUCAUCACCACCAUCAUCGUCAGGUGUGGCAUCAUCAGAUGGCAAUGAAUUGACAUUUGAACAACAGCUUCAACAGCAAUGGAGUGAUUCAAAUGAUUAUCUCUUGUCAAUACCUCCUGAAACAUCUAUCCAACAACCACAACAACAUCAACUUGUUUCAUCUGGACCCUCAGAUCAAUAUAUCUUGUACACUACCGACAACAACAACAACUUCAAUGAGCAAUACACACAACAAUAUCCUCAACAACAACAACAACAUCAGAUGAUGCCUCCACCUCCUCCUCUUCAACAAUUUGAACAUCCUGUACACAACACCACCAUGCCUGCCAUACCAUCACCAACACCAUCACCAUUAUCACCAUUACCACCUCUACAAACAUCAACAACAUCAACAUCCAGUACAUCAACAACAUCAACAGCAAUAAUACCAACAACUACACCAAUUGGUAUAGGUGGCAAUAGUAAUAUACAAUCACAGUCUGAGGCACUAAAGGCAUCACCAUUCACAUUCCAUUGUACACCUACAUUCUAUGCAUCCAAGAAGAGCAACAAGAUUGGUGUAUUCCUGUACCAUAUGGCUGAGCCCAACCGUGUCUGUCGCAAUCAUCCCCAUCUGCGACUACAACUCGAAUCGACAUUUCCUCAUUGGGUGCCAAGCACAUUCACUCGCAAGGACAACAAACAGAACAUUGAUAGCAUUGCAUCCAAACAAUUUGGUACACUACACACUGUGAUGAAGGAAGGUGAGGCACUCUUUGGUCCAGUCAGCAUUCUAAAGACAGGCACCUAUCAUCUAAAGUGUUCAGUCGUGCCUUCACCCGUGCCCAGCCCCGAGGAGCGUGUCUUCAGAGACUUUAGUUUCACAUUCAAGCUCUACUUCUAUGGACAGCCCACAAAGAAGAAGGUUGAGGACUCUGUCGAUGAUCCCAAUAGCUUGUCAUCAAUAUCGGACAUCAAUGUCAGACCGAAUGAGACAUUGUUGGAAUAUGUGUCAUGUCUUCAAGAGACUGGCGCAAGGUGGCCAGAGUUGGAUAAGAUCUAUGAACACUUUUCCAUAACAUAUGCCAAACAUCCAAUGGUUGUUGCUGACCUGAUGAUCGAGCAAAGCAUUGGAUCAACAUACACUGGUAACAAUGCCAUGGCCAACGAUCAGAUGGACAACUCAUUGGCAUUGCACUUCUCACCUGCAAACCUAUUCAAAGUUAGUUACCUCAAGUCUGCAAUAUACCGAAUACAGAAGAACUACACUGCAUCCAAGCUUCAUCUGGACACAUGUGAUUUCUUGGCCAAGAAGAUAGGCUUGUCUGAUCUUCACAAGGCACAGUAUCAUUUCAACAUGGCAGCACAUGAAUAUGUGCAACGAUCACAAAAGGGCAACAAUUUCAAUAAUAGUACUCAACUGAGAGAGCAGAUUGUUAGUAGGUUUAAACUGGCAGCAGAUCAUUAUGCAAAGGAUUCCAACGCUCGUAGUGUGAAUGGCACAUUUAGAUCAUACAUCAGAAUGACUCAGACCAUAUUGGCAUCACUGUCCAAUGCAUUGGAGUCUGAUCUGGAUCGCGCCGAGUCAUUCCUCAACAACAUCAUGCCCACCAUCCAGAUGCACGACUUUACCAGACGCACUCAAACACAUCUAAUGUUCACCAAGGUGGAUCUGAUGCUGGCUCGAUCACACAGUGCCUUUGGACGCAAUGACUACCUGUCAUUCCAUCAUCUGGAGGAGUGCUUCAAGUUGGUCAGUCAGUCCGAUCGCUUUGCAAGCGAGCUUGGAUUCAAGAAUGAGAUGAAGUACAUUCAAGAUAGGUUCAACAAGCUAAUGUCAUUUCCAAGCGAGUCAUUCGUUAAAGCUCUCACCGGAACUAAUGUACUGCGUGCUCCAUCACACCGAGCAUCAUCCCAAACAUCAUAUCAGCCAAAGUUGAUCCAAUCACAACAAAAUAGACAAUCAAAUCAAAAUCAAUCACAACAACAACAACAGCAACAUCAAUCACAAAAUCAACCAACACAACAACAGCUUACCAGCCCACAAUUCAACAUACUUAUUGGAUCACUAUUGUUGGAACAUCAGAUGAAUAACAUGAUCAGUAACAACAUACCAAUACCAACAAUUGUGAACAACGACACCAACAACAACACAAUGAUGACAAGCAAUACUAGAGUUGCCACUUCAACGCUGGUCAGCCCUGAUGUCAUCAAGAACCUUCUAAACCAACGUCAACUACUCAUCAGCAGUACCAAUCAAUCACCACCUGUAAAUACCUCAAUCAAUUCUGUACCAAACGUCCAAUCACCUGACAUCAUGGCAAAUCAACACUUGUAUCCUCAAACAAACGUGGAUACAGACAAUUAUGCCGAGCAACAAUUAUCUCAAUCCAUCACAUCUACAUCAGUAUCAUCAUCUUCUUUAUCCAACUCCUCACAUCUGAUGUUUGGAUACACUUCCUAG